AUGCAAACUCAAGGAAUUGAAUAUGACAGCGAGCGUGUUGGUUUCCGUUGGGAAGGUGGACGUCGAUUGGCUGAUCAAGAAGAUGUGGCCUACUUAUUGCCAAGUGACAAAGGGGAAGUUGACCGUCUCCAGAUGAACCAUAUUCUAGCAAAAAUGAUGUUGAAAGGUCUCUUUAAGUCGCCUAUUCAUGACAAGCUAGAAAAGGGAAUCAAGGUGCUGGAUAUUGGAUGUGGCCCUGGAUGGUGGACUUUGGAAAUGGCUCGCUUGUAUCCAAAAUCCGAGUUUGUUGCUAUUGACAUGGCCGAUGUCUUUGUGAUGGAUAAUAAGCCCCCAAACGUUACAUUCCAGAUCUCCAAUGCUGCCAGUGGACUGAUGUUUGAAGACAAUACUUUUGAUUUUGUAUUCCAACGUUAUCUUGUGAUGGGGUUCACAAUAGAGCAGUACAAGCAAUCAAUUAAGGAAAUCAAGCGUAUUCUGAAGCCAGAGGGCAUUAUCGAGGUUUUGGAGUUGGUCAUUGAUUAUAUUGACGCUGGACCGGCAUUCCAACAAAUUGGAACUUGGAUUACUCAAGCAAUGGAGGCAAGAAACUUGGACUGUUUCAUUGCCGAUCAUAUCUCAACCUAUUUCCAAGAAGAAGGACUUGUUAAGAUCAAGGACAUCAAUUACUCAAUCCCAAUUGGCCGCUGGGGAGGUGAAUUUGGAGAUCGAUUCUUGGCAAUUCAGCGCAUGGCUCUUCCGGCUAUCAAGGUUAUGGUAACUGAAUUGACAUCUGCAACAGGAGAGGAGUACGAGGCUACGAUGACACAGGCAUUUGAUGAGACCACCAGCCACCAGACGUCAACUCGCUUCCGAUUGAUUCAUGGCAUGUCUGCCCGUACAAUAAAAGGCAGUGUGCUACGAUGCGAUACAGAAGUGAGAUUGGUUACAUGCAUCUUAAAGAUACGUCAACAGCCUGCAGCUUACAUCAUCUGCAAGGAUAUGCAUUGA